UUCAUUCCCACUUUAUUCCGUUUCAGAUGGUUAGCAAAUGAGGGUUAUUUAAUGACACAGGCUAUAUCAUUUGGAAUUACUUGCUUUAUUGUCGGCAUGUAUCGAUUUCGUCUUCGAUAUGUUUUUUCAAUAUAAGGUGUGCUUGCUAACUAAAUUAAGAAUUCUAAUCGACAAAUCGAGUUUCCUCUUCAAAUCAACACGUUUAAACCAGCGGACCGGUCCGCGCCUUGCGCGUCAGCAGGCGACUGCACAGCACAUGUCUUGAUUGCCGAUUGAGAAAAGCAAAGUGGUUUGGUUUGGGUGGAUCCUGGAUGGAAGGAGGCGAUGGAAUGUGUGUUUGCCGUGGACAGUGCGUCUUCCUAUACGUCUUGUAAUGAUAACAGGACAAGCCACCCGAAACUCAACAUCAACGUCAUUGUGAGUCGCAGUGAUCAAAGACCUGGCCAUGAAUGACAGGACGUGUGACUGACCAAGGAAGCUUUGACAACACAACUUUAGACUAAAGAAAAAUGAUGUGUAUCCUGGGUGGAACUGACUGUUAGCCUGAUAACCAUCGCUAUGGCGUUUUGCAACGGCAGCCUGCUGGCUAGGUGUGCCCCCCUGAUGGAGCUGGAAGAAGAGGAAGGGGUGGUGAUUUCACCGCCGCCACCUCCGCCGCCAGGGGUUGGGACUACUAGUCCCCUCAUGCCUGUCACCCUGCGUGUGACGCUGGCCGCUAUCAUGAUCUUCAUGAUCGCCAUCGGUUUCCUAGGCAACGCCAUCGUGUGUCUGAUCGUCUACCAGAAGCCCGCUAUGCGUUCUGCCAUCAACCUGCUCCUCGCUACGCUGGCAUUCUCUGACAUCAUGCUCUCGCUGCUCUGCAUGCCCUUCACCGCCGUCACCGUGGCUACCGCCGACUGGCGCUUCGGGGGAGGGUUCUGCCGUGCUUCCGUCAUGCUCUAUUGGCUCUUUGUCCUGGAGGGUGUGUCCAUCCUCCUCAUCAUCAGCGUAGACCGUUUCCUCAUUAUCGUUCAGCGGCAGGACAAGCUGACGCCACACCGUGCCAAGCUGCUCAUCGGCGCUUCCUGGGCGCUGUCCCUCUGCGUGGCGCUCCCGUCCGUGAUCGGCUGGCGGGCGGGUGCGGCGGGUGUGACGGGAAUUGGGGGGGCCUGGGCACCACAGUGCGUGCUGGGCUACAGUGAGUCGCUGGCCGACCGCUGCUACACGGUGCUGCUGGCAGUGGCUGUAUUCUUUGUGCCGUUCGGCAUCAUGCUCUACUCCUACCUGUGCAUCCUUAACACGGUCCGACGCAACGCCCUGCGCAUCCACAACCACACCUCCGACCAGGCCAGCCUCCCAGUCCUCAACCAGGUCAGCAAGCUGGGCCUGACUGGCCUGCAACGUCCCCCGCAGGUCAAUGUGGACAUGAGCUUCAAGACGCGGGCCUUCACCACCAUCCUCAUCCUCUUCAUCGGCUUCUCUGUGUGCUGGCUGCCCCACACAGUUGUCAGUUUGCUGGCCGUGUUCAGCCGGAGGUUCUACUUCAGCCCUGCCUUCUAUCCGGUCAGUGUGGGGGCUCUGUGGCUCAGCUAUCUGAAGACUGUGUUUAACCCAGUCAUCUACUGCUGGAGGAUCAGGAAGUUCCGGGAGGCGUGUCUGGAGUUCAUGCCCAAGAGCUGCAGGCUGUGUCCCAGGGUGCCGGGCCGGAGCCACAGGAGGGUGAGACCCAGUAACAUCUACGUGUGCAGUGAGACCCAGUCGGCUGUGUGACAGUAACAUCUACGUGUGCAGUGAGACCCAGUCGGCUGUGUGACAGUAACAUCUACGUGUGCAGUGAGACCCAGUCGGCUGUGUGACAGUAACAUCUACGUGUGCAGUGAGACCCAGUCGGCUGUGUGACAGUAACAUCUACGUGUGCAGUGAGACCCAGUCGGCUGUGUGACAGUAACAUCUACGUGUGCAGUGAGACCCAGUCGGCUGUGUGACAGUAACAUCUACGUGUGCAGUGAGACCCAGUCGGCUGUGUGACAGUAACAUCUACGUGUGCAGUGAGACCCAGUCGGCUGUGUGACAGUAACAUCUACGUGUGCAGUGAGACCCAGUCGGCUGUGUGACAGUAACAUCUACGUGUGCAGUGAGACCCAGUCAGCUGUGUGGAACUAACGGUCACUCUGAGGACAUGCCAUGGUAACCGUGGAAAGCAGUGGUCACCAACUCUGAUCUUGAAGCUACAGGGCGCUCCACUGGUGUAAAGGACAUGCUAUACUCUAUACGAUUUGUUAAGACAUCAACAUUUCAACAGUAUAGACGGCUUGCUGCUAAAACAUUGCUGUCUUUUAACUAAUUAUUUGCAUUGGCGCAAUAGUGGCGAGGACAGUACAUUCUUGUGUUUUGUCUAAAGUGCUGUGGACACUGAACAGCCAUGAACAGAGCCACUCAAAAGUCUUUAUUUCCCUUCUCCUAAAAAAAGACCUGAAGAGAAAUGAUGUACAACUGGGAACAGUGUUUUCUAAUGAACCAUUUCCAUGGUGUUUGUAUAAUUGGCUGAGUACUGUUGGUGAUCGUUUACCCAGAUGGUUGUUGUAUAUGUCUAAUUAUACUGAAUGUAAAUGAAAACGUUGGAUAAAAUUGUAAAGGAAUGUUGAUCAGUAUAAAAGUGUUUCUGUGAAUGAAUAAUUGAUUAACUGAAUGAACUAACAAUCCAAUUAACAGGUGUGUUGACAUCAUCAACUAUGCAUAUGUAGCCUAUAGACUGAGUAGAAAUUAAAGAUAACAAAUCAUGUUAAACACAGUUAUAAGUUGUCUACAUAAACUGUAAUAGGCUAGCAUUGUACCUUAAACUGGAACUAAAAUAUAUGUUGGGCCAUGCUGGUUGACAAAGGUAGAACAUGUUGUCGAACACAAACCACGUACAGCCAUCCCCUGCCUCUACAAUGUCAAUACAAUGGUUGUGUUGCUGGGAUACUAAAGACCUCUAUUGGUUGUCGGAUGCGGAGUGCAUUUAUGUGUGGAAGACCCAUAUCUUCCACAGCAGAACACACAGUCUGUGUUGUAGGUAAUGCAUCUCCAUAUGUACCGUGGUUAAACAGUUUACUGAGAGAAGUUCAAAUCUAGGGCACACCAUGUCAACUCAUACACUUUGCGUACGGUGUGAUUAUCUCAAUUCUACUGCUUGAAUGAACAAGGAAAGAUGUGUACUAUGUACACAUCGAUGCCCAGGUAGAAGUGACCUUUAGACACAGAUCUAGCAUAAGUUUG